GGUUUUGUUUCUACUGCACCGCACCGCAGAAGCACUUUUCCACAGCAGACUUUGCUGCUGCUUUUGCUGUCUCUUCAACUUCUUUCUCUUGGGCCGGUGCACGGCCGGUGCAAAGGCUACGUUUUGCAAACAGGCGCCGUCUUCUUCGCGUUUACCCACACCGAGACGCCCCCGCACCUCACAUCGAAGGAGCGAUGCGCCUCACUCUGAAGCUUGCCCGGAUAUCGCAGGUGCCGGUACGGGAUGGGGUCGCGACAUCUGCGCUGACGUACUACCCGCGCUACGCGCCGCCCCGGCGCAUGACCCUGAGCUCCUCGUUUGACAGCGUGAACGAUAAGAACCGCUUUCUGUCCCUCGAUAUUCUCCUCCAAAAACUGAGCGGUUACGUGGGGCGACGGCAGUACAAGAUGAGCUGCGACUUGAGCUCGCACAUGGAACGCUUCAAGGAGCUCGGCGUUGACUUGCACGAACUGAAGUUCUUGCAGCGUGAGGAGCUGAUGGAAUUGCUGAAUGACCAGCUGCGGCUCACGCACGCCGAGAAGGCCAUUCUCUUGACUGCACUGGACAGAAAACUGUGCGGGGUGCUGUGCCGCGACACGACGCGACACUCCACUCGGCUCUGCAUGAACCCCGGCCUCGCCGAGCACGGCUGGCGGUGCGGGCAGCACGGACACACGAACGACGUCUACUUCGAAGGCAAACAGCAGGCAAACCCCGCCGUGCUGCAGCUGGCGCACCGCUCCGCCGCUCGCGUCGCACGGCGGGACGGGAUCGAUGUGGAGGUGCGCCACCAGCCCGACUUCUCCAUUGUGGGCCGCAACACCGCAGAGCUGCACCCGCGCAUCUGGAACGCACCGGCGAACACGUCGUACGUCGUGACGCCUAUUGGGUUUGAAUUCCGUGUCCACCCAGACGAUCCGCGGGCGCAGCAGCAAAUCGAGGAGGCGGCCGGGGAGUGGGAGUUGCACCUUGCGGUGAUGCAGCAGGUCAUUGCGGAGGUGUUGGAACUUUACGCGGUGGAGCGGGAGCCGCAGCCGCUGCAUCUCGUGCCGGGUGAGAUGGGCGAGCCGGACCUCCCGGAGGUGCAGAGCAGCGCUUUCCACUCCCGAAGCUUCGCCGGCGGCACCCCCAACAGCACCGUCGUCGAGCACCGAAUGAUGGACGCUAAUGGGCAGGAGCGGUCGUGGUUUCAGGCCCCACUCCCACAGCGCUUCACCGACGGCGUCCCGCAGGUGCUGCCGUUUGCGCCGACCAUUAUUCUUCACAGCAGUUACCGGCACAUCGAGCGGGACGUGAGUUCCGUCGACGUGAGCCGGCGGUUGAUGCAGCCGGUGGUGGACAUUGCGUGUUUCGUGCACCCCAGCGCGUGCUUCUGGUGGAGCGCCGAGGACGAGGAGAAGUCGACGCAGCUCAUUUUGGACUACGCACGGCGCAUGCCGUUUGCUCUCCCUUUCAAUUUGUACUUCCGCGUCGACCCGGCGAAGUUUCUGCGUGCCCACCCCGAACAGGCGGAGGAGCGCGAGCACCUGCUCAGCGCCAAGGCGAGCUAUUUUGACAUGCGCCACUUCCGCACUGCUCAAAAGGCUUCCUGA